CUUGAGCCGUAUAACUCUGCCAUGUUUUUGUGUCGUCACCGCCGUCGAUUUUCACAGAGGUUUAACAUAGUUCUCCGGAAGGUAUAAUAAAUUCGAGAUUGUCUCUGAUCAGCGACGAUGAGUCAGUGCUUUACCUUUUGAAUUUCUUGGAUUUGGGGGUCAAAAUUAAUACAAUGAGGAUAGGAUCAGUGAGUUGCCUGAAGCUCUGCUUCUUCAGAUAUUGUCUUUGCUUCCAACAAAACAAGUUGUAGCGAUGAGUGUAUUGGCUAAACGAUGGAGGUAUCUUUGGAAGAUGGUGCCGAGUCUUGAGUUUGGUUAUUUUAUGUUUUCAGAUAAUGUCAGCAGGUGUUUGCUUUCAAAUCAAGAUCCGGUUCUUCAGAGGUUGUGUCUCAGAAUAGAUUAUGAUUAUAACUCUAAUAUGGAUAUUGGGGUAUUGAUGGGAAUUGCGUUUGGACUCCAUGUGCGUAACUUGGAACUCUAUGUUUACGCUUUUGAGAAGUUCAGAUUUCCUACAAGCUUGUGUAACUCUGAAUCACUAGAGACACUGAAGCUCAGUGAUGCCAUUCUUGUGGAUGUCCCCUCUCCGAUUUGUCUUAAGUCCCUUAGAACUCUACACCUUCACGGGGUGGUGUACAAGGACGAUGAAUCGGUUUCUAACCUCUUAUCUGGUUGUGUUAGCCUGGAGAAUUUGGUGGUUCAUCGAUUCCAACAAUCUGAUGUGAAUACUUUCACUAUUGCGGUGCCAUCCUUGCAGAGGCUAACACUUACUUCUGAAAAUGAUGAUGAAGACUCUAUCUAUGUGAUAAAUGCUCCUUCUUUGAAAUACUUGGAGUUUCAAGGGGUUUUAGAUGAUAACACUUUUGUGAUCAAGAAUUCACCUGAGCUGGUGGAGGCAAGUUUGAGAGAUAUUUUUGAUGUUUUUGGUCAUCCGAACAUUUCAGUCUUUGAGAACAUUCUUAGAUCCCUUACUUCAGUCAAACGCCUUUCAUUGGAGAUAUUGGCACCUUCAAAGAUUAAGUUUCCUACUGGUAGCAUCUUCUUCCAGCUGGUAUAUUUGGAGCUAGAUACAUAUGAACCAAUGUGGUGGAAUGUGCUUAUGCUUAUGCUUGAUAGUUCACCUAAUUUACAAGUCCUCAAGCUUAUCCGCAAGUCGUGGAGGAGGGAAGAUCCAGAGGCCUAUAUGAAAUGGAAUAAACCAAAAUAUGUUCCAAAAUGUUUGUUGCUCCAUCUCGAGACAUUAGUGUGGAAAAAUUACCAAGGGGAAAUAGAAGAUGAGAAAGAGGUUGCCAAAUACAUCCUUACGAAUGCAAGUCGUCUGAAAAAGGCAACUUUCUCCAAUGCAUAUAUUCGUCCUGAAACGAGUCGUCAGAGGUUGAAGGAAUUGAGAAGUGUGGUCAUGGCUUCGAACUCAUGCAAGCUUGUGUUCAAAGGACAUCGUUAAACAAGCAAGUACUAAGUAUUACAAAUGUCUUACUUCACUCAGUUUUUCUAAAACAUAUUGGUUUUAGCCUUUUAGAUGUUGAGUUAUAGUAUGGCACUAUGUUAAACCCCGUUCGAAAUUCUGAACUUUAUGUGUAUUGUUAAGGUUAUACGAUCUUGGUUUGUGUUUAUGCUUUUUAUCUA